ACAUUUUCCAAGUACGGACCCAGUUCCACACCUUCUUUGGACUAAAGAGUCGUAAAGCGAUCUUGAAAAUGACCAUGAAGAAGAAGAACCCUAAAUCUUCCCCCUGAAGAUUUCCCAUAAAUACACCCCUCAAUUUCCCCACAAUUUCCACCAAAUUCCCCAUCAAAUCACACCCUUAUUACCCUCACCACUCUCAUGUAACCUCUUCACAAACCCCAUAAAAAAACCCCAAUUUUUUCGCUCAAUUUUGAUGGGAAAUGCAGUUCAAAAACCCCAACAGAGUUCCCAACCCGAUCAAGAACUUGAAGAGCAAGAAUCAUCCUCUGAAUCAUCAACAUUUACAUGUGAAAUUUGCAUAGAACCGGUGACACUUCCGAACAAGAAGUUCAAGAACAGUAACAGAUGUGUGCACCCGUUUUGUACCGAUUGUAUGGUUAAAUACAUUCAGGUGAAGCUGGAAGAUAAUGUUUCUGAUAUCAAGUGUCCAGCUUUGAGUUGUGAUCAGUCUCUGGACCCGUUAUCUUGUCGUGCAAAAGUUGCACACCAGGUGUUUGACAAAUGGUGUGAUGUGUUGUGUGAGUCUACUGUGUUGGGGCUUGAUCGUGUUUAUUGCCCGAAUCGAGAGUGUUCGGCUUUGGUGGUUAAUGAGUGUGGUGGUGGUGGUAGUUUGAGGAAAUGUGUGUGUCCUAAUUGUAAGAAGUUGUUUUGUUUUAAGUGUAAGGUUGCUUGGCAUGCUGGGUAUAGGUGUGAAGAGAGCGGCGAAAUGCGGGAUCAAAACGAUAUCGCUUUCGGUGUUCUUUCGGAGCGCAAACAGUGGAUGAGGUGCCCCACUUGUAGACACUGUGUUGAGCUUGUUAAAGGGUGUGCUAUUGUUAGAUGCAGAUGUGGAAUUGAAUUUUGCUACAAAUGUGGUAAAAAGGUGGAUCACCACUGGUGCAAUUGUCGAAGAUCUUCUACGAUUUGCAUGUGGGUUUUUCAUCUCUGCAUAGUGAUUUUGGUUGUAUGGCCAUUCUUUCUUCUAUUUACAGCUAUAACAAGAAAGAAUCAACAUCAUUAAUUUCACUCAUCAGGAUGAACUCAGAUAUAUAUAAUACUCUUCUAUAAUCAUAUUAAUGUAAAUAAAAUAACAAAUAUUGUGCGUGCUAUAUAAAUCUAUAUAUAUAUGUGUGUCUGCUGGGAAGGAGCUAAAUACAAAGUUUUAUAUCUAGUUAAACAAAUGUUCAAGUCCUCUCUAUCUAUGUAAAGAGUUCAAGUUAUAUUACCUGUGAUGGAUUUAUAUCAAUACAAAAAAAACUAGUUUUUACAA